CCGCGCCAGGGCUCGGCCCUAGAGCCGCGUCCGCGUCGCCGCCGCUCGCGCGGGUCCCCUGCCAUGCGCCCCCGCGCCGCCCCCCGCGUCCCCGCCGCGCUCGGGCUCUGCAGCCUCUUGCUGCUGCUCCGGCCCGGGCACGCGUGCCCGGAGGGCUGCGCCUGCACCGACCCGCACACGGUGGACUGCCGCGACCGCGGACUGCCCAGCGUGCCCGACCCUUUCCCCCUGGACGUGCGCAAGCUGCUGGUGGCCGGCAACCGCAUCCAGCACAUCCCCGAGGACUUCUUCAUCUUCUACGGCGACCUGGUCUACCUGGACUUCAGGAACAACUCGCUGCGCUCGCUGGAGGAGGGCACGUUCAGCGGCUCGGCCAAGCUCGCCUUCCUGGACCUCAGCUACAACAACCUGACCCAGCUGGGCGCCGGCGCCUUCCGCUCGGCCGGGAGGCUGGUCAAGCUGAGCCUGGCCAACAACAACUUGGUGGGCGUGCACGAGGCCGCCUUCGAGACCUUGGAGUCACUGCAGGUGCUGGAACUCAACGACAACAACCUGCGCAGCCUCAACGUGGCCGCCCUGGCCGCGCUGCCCGCGUUGCGCACCCUGCGCCUGGACGGAAACCCCUGGCUCUGCGACUGUGACUUCGCUCAUCUCUUCUCCUGGAUCCAGGAGAACGCGUCCAAGCUGCCCAAAGGCCUCGAUGAGAUUCAGUGCUCCUUGCCCAUGGAGAACAGGAGGAUAUUCCUGCACGAGCUGUCGGAGGCCAGCUUCAGCGAGUGCAAGUUCAGCCUCUCGCUCACAGACCUGUUCAUCAUCAUCUUCUCGGGUGUGGCCGUGUCCAUUGCCGCCAUCAUCUCCAGCUUCUUUCUGGCCACCGUGGUGCAGUGCUUCCAGAGGUGCGCCCCCAACAAAGACACGGAGGACGAGGACGACGACGAGGAUGACUGAGCCACCCCCUCCCCUGCCUGGCUCUCCAGAACCCCAGCCGGUGGCUCCCCUCCGAGAAGAGGGGGAAACGCUGAAAGCAGAGAGGAAUCGACCGCACCCUCAGUGGCCCGAGCGGCGCCUGCUCCGAGCAUUGCCCCCUGGGUGCAUCCGGUGAGACCUCCGAGCCCAGAGUUUAGGAUCCGCAGAGCUGAGGAGACCAGGAAGGCUUCCUGGAGGAGAGCCCGCCUCUCGGCUGGCUUAAGGGAUCCGUGUGGGGAGGAGAUGGCCGAGGCAGGCUUCCGAGCUGCCGGCUGAAAACAGCGUAGGGGAUGUGAAGACUAGGAGCCCUCGCCCACAAAGGCGACUCUGUGUCAUCCGUUCCUCCGACCUGGACUUGGGAGGCCAGAAGCUUCCCCUUCCUCCUGAGAGGCAGCAGCCCAGCCGGUGGGGAUAGGAGGUCAGGUCCGUCUCCACGAGAGCAGGACUUCUGCUCCUUCCGGAAUAGGCGUCAGCCACCUUGGGAUGUUACCCAGAGAACGACCCCACGUGUGGCUAAAACAGCAUCGAGGAGAAAGCCUAAGGCCUGGCCAAGGUGUUGGUUGUUAUGUUUGGGUGAGCAGGUUGCAAAAACUUUCCUUGACAGAACUCAGACCCUGAUCCUUUCCCUGAGAGAUGGCAACUCAUAAAGGGACUGUCGUUUCCUACA